CUUUCCUCUCCUCCGGGAUGAAUAUGUAAAUCCUAUCCUAUCCUGGUAAAUUACCGACGCAUAAGCGGGUCGCCAUUUUUUUUCCAAAAUCACAUUGCGUUUGAAUUUGAACUCGAAGACAGUCCACAACUGUCGCUGAAUUUUUAGUAAUAAAAACAUCACAUUUUAUAGUCACAAUAUGUAAUGACGCCGGAUUCGGAAACAUGCAAAAUUUCGCCUCUUCAGAAAGCCGGAACUCCGAUAUUUCGAAAAAUUACUGAAGCGAAAAAUCGCUGUAGCGACAAGAAAUUUUCUUUACUUUGUAGCGCGAACCUUCGAAAUAUAGUCUAGUCAGCGGCCAGUUUUUUGUUUUGAUAGCACGUUUUAUUGUAGUAUAUUGUUGCUGAAUAUGAGGAAAAUGAGCGAGUUACUAUAAACUUUCAAUAAGAAGAGUUUUACUUUGCAAUAAUGGAAAAUCGAGAAUUUGUUUCCCGUAUUUUGGAGUUGCAAAACUCGGCGGCGAAAUCGUCAACAUUGGAAUCACAAAAUGACGAAUAUGUCAAAAGAACUGCUGCAAUGCAAGAAGAAAUUAAGGAUUUGAGAGCUAAUCUAAAGCAGGUUGAAGCUGUAAAGAAUACUUUUGAACGAGACAUGGCAGUUUACAUAACGGAGAAUAAAAGUUUGAAACAGCAGGUUUCUGUGCUGAAAUCAGCUCACGAUAAAAAUGCUUCAACAUCUGCGAGACUUCUACAUGAGAUUAAGGAUGGAAACAAAAAAUUAAUGAGUCUGAGAGAGGAAGAAUACCAAUCAAAUUUAGACAGAAUGAAGGAAGAAUUGACGUCAAGCAAGGGUGAAUGGACUGAAAAAUUUAGGAAUCUUGAAACUAAAAAUAAUAUGAUGAGAUCUGACAAGAGAGACCUGGAAAAAAAGAUUCAGGAACUCUCAACAAAACUAACAGAGUCUGAUAAAGCAAACUCAUCAAGUUCAUUGAAAUCAAAGAUCCAAGUUCAAGCUUUGGAAAAUAAACUUACUAAAUUGGAUGAUGACGCAAGAAAAAUUAAUGAAAAACAUCAGAAGGAGCUGAAGACACUACAACAACAACUGGAAGAUAGAGAGAAACAACUCGGAGCUCAAUCGAACAUCAAUAAAAGAAUUCACAAAGAUUUGAAAACAGAAACAGACGAAAUCAAACAGCAAUUACAGAAUGAAGUAUCGAAGAAUAAAGAACUAAAUAAUCAAAUUCUGAGGCUAGAACUGAAGGUCAAAAGUUCAUCUGAAAACCUGAAGCAUUUUGAAGAAGAGAAAACUGUGAAAUUGAAAAGUUACGAAGAACAAAUAUCAGUUCUGAAAAAAGAUGUCAACGCAAAGUCUAGUAAAAUAGAAGAACUUCAACAAGAACUUUAUGAAGUUCAUGAUUCCAACACCGGCGAACUACAAGAUUUAAAAAACAAUAUUGUAGUUCUGAAGAAUGAUAAAAGAAAUGCUUUGAAUAAGAAUAUUGAAAUUACGGAAGAAUUAGAAUCUCUAAAACGAGGGAUGAGUAGAGAAAUGGAAAAUAUAAAAGAUACUUGCAAACAGGAAAUGGACAAAUUGAAAAAAGAAUUCAAAGAAAAAGAAAAACAUUCUGCUGCUCAGUCAUGCAUAUCUCGGAAAGUACAAGAAGACAUGAAAAGGAAACUUGAAAAUGAGAAAUCUGAGAUUGAGGGAGAGAGAAUAAAGAAUAAUAAAUUGAACAAUGAUGUCAAGCGGCUUGAAUUGCAACUCAAAAGUUCUCAAGAUUCAGCUAAAACAGUAGAGAAUGACAACACGUUGAAGUUGAAAUUAUCUGAAGAAAAAGUUUCUUCACUUCAACAGGAGAUCCUUAUCAAGAAUAAAAAAGUGAAUGAGCUACAAAAACAGCUUCUGGAAGCUCAGGAAAUGAAUGGGAAAGAUAUGGAGGAAUUAACAGAAAAACUGGCAACAGUCAAACGAGAGAAAAGAAACGCUCAAGAGAAAAUUAAUGAGUUGAAUGGAGAAUUAGAAUCUUUGAAACAAGGGAUGAGCAGAGAAAUGGAAAAUAUUGAGGAGUCUUGCAAACAGGAAAUGGACAAAUUAAAGAAAGAAUUUAAAGAAAAAGAAAAACAUUCUGCUGCUCAGUCAUGCAUAUCUCGGAAAGUACAAGAAGACAUUAAAAGGAAACUUGAAAAUGAGAAAACCGAGAUUGAAGGAGAGAGAAUAAAGAAUAAUAAAUUGAUCAAUGAUAUCAAACGGCUUGAAUUGCAACUCAAAAGUUCUCAAGAGUCAGCUAAAACAGUAGGGAAUGACAAUACGUUGAAGUUGAAAUUAUCUGAAGAAAAAGUUUCUUCCCUUCAACAGGAGAUUCUUAUCAAGAAUAAAAAAAUGAAUGAGCUACAAAAACAGCUUCUGGAAGCUCAGGAAAUGAAUGGGAAAGAUAUGGAGGAAUUAACUGAAAAACUGGCAACAGUUAAACGAGAGAAAAGAAAUGCUCAGGAGGAAAUUAAUGAGUUGAAUGAAGAAAUAAGCAAAUCAGAACGAAUCAAAUCCAAGGCGGAAUCGGGCAGUAAAAUACUGAAAGAGAAACAUGAAAACGUUGUUCGGGAACUUGAUCAAAUGACAAAAAAAUUUAACUCUAUGGAAGAAAAGUGUGCUGAUCUUGAGGAAGAGUUGGAUUCUCACAGAAGUAAAAGCUCAAAGAUAUCUGAGAUGAGACAUGAGAUCACUCAACUCAGAUCAGACAAACGAACAUUGGAAAGCGAAUUGAAAGACAAGGAAGAUGAAAUACGUAGGAUCACCUCUGACCAGAGAAAGUUGUCAGCAGUGGAAAAAUCUGCGAAGGAAAAUGAAAAUAAGUUGAAAAAAGAUUUGGAAUCUGUAGAAAUUGAAAUGGAGAAUAUGGAGAAGGAAUAUAAAAGCAGAAUUGAUGAGUUGGAGGACAAACUAAGUGAGACGAAAAGAAAACUUGCAGCUCAGAACAUAACUUCAGUAACGAUGUGUAAAAGGGCGGAGGAAGACUUCCAGAAGCAGAUUGAGGAAAAAGAAAAAUUGGAAAAAGUGAACAUUGAGCAAUUAGAACAAGAGAGAGGGAACAUUGAAAAAUUGAAACAGGAAUUGGAAGAAGCAUUAACUGAGCUAGAAAUUGCAAAGGAUGAGAAGGCUGCUCUUGAAGAAAAAUUUGACGUUUUAAGGGAGAAUUGCACAGUUAUUGAAACACUAGAAGAACAGUUAGAUGAAUAUCAUGAGAAAUGUCAGCAAUUACAGGAACAGAAUGCUUCCUUAAUCGAGAAACUUGCAGUGUCAACUCGUGAGAAGGGAGGAGCAAAUAGGAAGGUUGAAAAAUAUGAAAAUGAAAAUAAAGAACAACUAGAAAAAAUGGAGGAAACUGAGAAAGCCUUGGAAACUCUGAAACAAACUUGUGUUAUGUUGGAAGAACAAAUCGUUGGACUUGAAAACAUUAACAAUCAACUCAUGAAAAACCAGGAAGAACUGUCUGAAGAAAAAGAAAAAGCUGUGAAAGAUUCUAGAAAUGCCAUGAAAAGACUGGGUGAAUUAGAACACACGAUUGCGCUAGAGAAAAGACGAGGUGUCGAAUUAAAAGAAAACGUUGACGAAGAAAUGAUUGAAUUACAAGUGCAAGCUCGAGAAGAAGCAAAUAAGGUUCAAGAGUUGCAGGAUGAGCUUUCAGAUUUGGAGAGAAAAUAUAAACUUCUGGAAAUGAAUGCAAAUUCUCUGCAACAGAAACUCAACAAUGAGAAGGAUAUGUCAGAAAGAUACAGGCAAGAUGCAGAAAAUUCUCGAAGUAGGAUGGCAACAUUGGAAAGUGUUCGUCAACAAACAUCAAGCGGACUCAGAUCUGAGAUAGAAAGAGCUGAUGCAUUAGCUCACGAGAAAACAGCUUUGCAGAAUAACUUUGACACUAUGAAGAUGAAACAAUCUCACGAAAGCAUUAAAAUGAACUGCACUCUCGGACAACAAAGCAAACUCAUUGAUUUCUUGCAAGCCAAAGUCGAAAGUUUGGAACCGCACGAUAAGAAAAAGAAGAAGAAAAAGAAUGAUUUGUACCAAGUUCCGCUUCAAUACAGAGAACUACAAGACAUGUUGGAAGAAUCGAAACAAACAAACAUACAACUCCAACAAAAAGUUAACGAUUUGAGAACGGAGUUACAGGACACUAAAUCAGAUGUUCACAGGUUAAAGCAUGGAAUAACAGGUGCCACACCUUCCUCAUCUUCUCAAGCAUUAAGUCCUGGAUCUAUGGCAGCAAUAUCAGCACUUCUUAAAUCUCCUAAUACAAAUGUGACUCCACUAUCUGGCAACACUCGUUCUAAACCAAGGAUGCAUCACAAUAUACCACACAGGCUUGUUGAAAACCUUUGUAUUCAAACAACAAAAUGUUCUGUCUGUCUGGAUACGGUUCGAUUUGGUCGAAUGUCACUCAAAUGCACUGAAUGCCAUUCGGCUUGUCAUAUUAAAUGUAGAAGCAACAUGACAAGCACUUGUGGAUUACCUGGUGGUCUGGUGCAACAUUACAAGCAAGGAGGAAGCAAAAUUCAUUCAGCGUCUCCUGUUUCCUGCAUUACUAAUGGGAGUGAGACAGAUGGGAAUGCUCAAGGCUGGCUUAAAGUAUUCUGUGGCGGAACAUCUUGGGAGAGAAAAUUCGUUCAACUGCGAGAUGGUGUUGUUAUUAUAAGCAAUACAGAGAAACCUUUGUCGUCAUCAAAAAAAUUAAAAAUUGACGUCAGCAAUAAAGAGAGAGAAAUAAUUGAUCUAGUCAAACAACAAGGAUACGUUCAUUCAACUGUCCCGGUAUCUGAACUUGAGUCGUCUGCUAAAGCAGAUAUUCCUUACGUAUUCAAACUUGAACUUGGACCCGAUACAUCUUGCUGGCCACCUAGAAAUUUAUAUUUCUUAUCAAGUGGAUUCACUGACAAACAAAAGUGGGUUAGCGCUCUUGAAGCUAUAACAACUCGAAAUUCUGUCACCCAAAGCGUGAUCAACGAAUCGAAAAUCAUUGGAAAUAAAAUUGUGACAAUGCAAGUGAAUGAGAAGCUUGAAAUCAACUGUUCCUUGCCUAUAUCGAAAGAGAAAGUAAUUUUUGGAUGUGACGAAGGAUUGUACGUUUUAUCACCAAGUACGUCAUCCGUCAGUGAUCGUUCACACAUGACCAAAGUCACUGGAGCACAACAAAUUUUACAAAUGAAUUUUUUGAAAUCUCCAAACCUCAUUGUUGCAAUUGAAGGGCCGAAACGAAGAAUUGUUACGUUUGAUGUCAAUAAUCUGAUGACAUCUACAAAGCCAUCUGAAAUGUCUGUGAAACUAAUUCCUGUUGACGAUUUAUCAAGCUGCCAUCUAUUUGCUGUAGGAUCAGUAGAAGGGGCGCCUCACCUGUGCUCAGCUACUGCAGCUGGGAUACAAAUCCAUAGGUUCAAUUCGCAAUUGAAAAAGUUUGUGAAACGAAAGGAAAUCUCAACAUCAGAGCCAUGUACUUGCCUUCAAUUCACAAUGUGCAGUAUUAUUAUGGGAACAAAUAAGUUUUAUGAAAUUGAAUUAAAGUCUUAUAAAGUCGAUGAAUUUCUUGAUUUAGUCGAUAGGUCCUUAUCUUUCGAUCAUGACUCGUUUCCAGUGUCUGUUCUACAAAUUGGAGAAAAGAAUGGAAAAUAUGAAUACUUGUUAUGUUACCAUGAGUUUGGAGUUUUUGUUGAUUGUUUUGGUAAAAGAACAAGGAAGGAGAAUAUGGUGUGGUCUCGUCUGCCGUUAUCCUUUGCUUACAAGAGCCCAUAUCUGAUCAUAACACAUUUUCACUCUGUUGAAAUUAUCAGAAUUUCUCCGUACCAGGAUUAUAAUGAUAGUUUGACAACUCAACAAUCUUAUAUUAACCUACCCAGUCCGAGAUAUCUUGGCCCGGCAAUCACAGAAGGGGCCGCAUAUUUCAGUGCGAAUGAAGGUGGCAAAAUAACAGUCUUCUGCUGUAAAGGAAACAUGGAUCUUUCUGAUGAAAGCAAGGAAAAUAAAGAUGAUCAAAAAGCAUGCCUCAAGCGACGUCGAAUGCAGCUCGCUGCAUCUUCACAAGAAUCAUUAGACGACGACAUUCAAGCCAGACCGAAAAGAACGCAACGAAGUCCAUCGAUCGGUUCAUCGAGCACGAUUCUGUCCGACACAACAAAUAUGUCCGUUUCUUGUGAAUCGUUGUUGUCGUGCAACACAAGUCGAUGGACAUUGGGGAGUAAAAUGACUCAUUUUCCGGGAGAUACACCUAAGACAUCUAUGCCAAGACGAUUCCGCAACUAUUCUCACGAUUCAAUUGAUAGCACAGGAACAAUGACGAGUGAUGCCACUUACAAGAUGUACACCGAGGAUGAUUCUUCAAGUAUCCAAUCCAGUUCGAGCAACAACAGUAACAAUAACAAUUCAAACAGACUUAUGAUGUGGAAGCCAGUAACACCAGGAAGUGGGAAAAAAGUUCCACCUGAGAAACCAAUUAGAAAAUCUAAAACUCCAAACAAGUUGAACUUUGACCCUGUUGAUGUUUAAAUAUUAAUCAUCGGUGAGUAUGGACUGGGAUAUUUUUGGGAAAAGAAAGGGUUUGAUCAUACAUUUUAGAUGUUAUUAUCAACAUACCAUUCAUUCAUUGGCAAUUUGAAUUAAAAAAAGUGUUUUCCAUAUUGUCAGUUUUCACUUUCUACAACCCUAUAGACAGCUUUUGAAUUUACCAAUCACCAAUUACCAAGUUUUAAAACAUGAACAUUCAUUAAGUGUCAGACAAGGCAUCAGAUAUUUUUGCGCCCAAGGACCUACUGGGAUUUAUAUCGUUUAACUUGCCUACUCUACUCAUUAUGCUCUUGCAUAGGGUAUUGAAACAGAUCUCUUUCUGCGAUGACCUCUUUGCCCAAUUUGGCUCAGUGCUUGAGCCACCGGGCCAUUAUAUCAGCCACCUAUGUUCCAUUGAUCUGUCCGUAUCACAAAUAUGAUGAAGAGGAAAUGAGAUUUGUACUACAUGACAUAAUUCAACUUCUAUAUUUGUAUAAAUUGUUAUAUAUGUGGUGUUAUCUGCUUGUCUACAAGCUAGUCGGUUAUCAUUUUGCUACUCAGUGCUUCCACAUUUUAUUGUCCCCUGCCCAUUAGUAUUUUAUUUUUUUUGUUGGCUAAUGUCAGAUUGUUCCAUGAAAGUUUUUUUUUUAAGUUGAGGCAAUGCCAAACAACUGAACAUUUGCACCACUUUAAACUGGUCAGAUAUUUACAUGGCCAACAUGAGCUGUAACCACCAUAUAAGAGGACGGAGUUUGAUUUUUUGUCAUGCUUUUUUUAACUGAUGGUUUGCAGUUAUUAAAUACUGCAUAAUGAACAUUUAAUGAAUUUUGGUGGUGCGUCAUUUUUAAAUUGCAUGAAAUAUAUCUUAGAUAUGGUUCUAAUAUAUGAUUUUCUAUCAAUCUCUACCUAUUACAAAGAGCGGAAUUUCUAGUGAGACUCCUAUAAGAUAUCUAAAUUCUGUUAUAUUCAUUUCAGAAUAGUCAAUCUUAAACUAAUAUGAGUUGAAAAACUGCCAAACUUUAACGAUGUUCAAAUUGUGUUUCGAGGCAUCAUGAUUGAAAAUAAGACUGCAGCCAUGUUAAAUUCAUAGUGCAAUGAGUCUAUAAUUAUAAUCCUAUCUGUAGGGUUAUUGUGUUAUUUUUUUCCUUCGGAGCACUACAUCCAUAAUCAGAUGCUGCAUCUAUCAGUAUAUUGAAUCAUCUUAUCAUUUGUAAAAUACAAUAAUUUUGGUUGAUUAUUUGUAUCUAUAUAUAUUACUGUGCUUAUAAUUAUUAAAAUAUCAACAAAAUUG